AUAGACCAAAGGAAGCUCCUUUUUGGUAUGUAUGCAUUGCCUCUGUUAUCUAUUUGCGAAAAUCUGAAGAUUGGUUUCUCUACCGAGUGUUUUAUACUUUGAUACUUCAUCUAAAGCUCUAGGCUUUUCUUAUUUUCCUUGUUUGGAUUGUUUGUUUUCGCUCUAGGGUACGCCAAAGAGGACGCUCUCUGAAAAAAGAAGAAGUGGUUCGUAACAUAAUCUGAACCCGAGGACACACACACGAUGAUGCAUUCGACGGUGCAGCAUGGGGGAAACAAGAGUGGCAAGUCAAAUGUAUGGGCUAAUACUAACUUGGCAAAGACAGUGGCAGCUGUAGAUGAGUUCAAAUUUGGAUUCCCAUCAGGCGGGUUAACAACUGUGUCAAACAAAUGGUGGGGAAGGGCAGAGAAAGGCGGACGAGAAGAUGGUGGAGGAGAGAACACUGAAAAUGGACAUGUAGCAGCUUGUGAUGAGACGCAAAAUUCUUUGGUAGCUAUUAGGAAAAGAAUAGCGGAAGAAGGAAGAGAAGCGGUUGAACUUGGUCUGCAUCAAGGAUUUGGUUCAAAAAGACCAGGCAAGAGAGAUCAAGCUUUGCUGUUUCAGAUCUUCAACUCUGCAAUGCCAAAGGAUUGGGUUACCCCUGAUUCUUCCUAAGUUCGUUUGUAGAUUUAGAACAGAGCUCCCUCUUAAAAAUUAUGCUCUGUUAUAUGUAAUCCGCAAGUUCAUUAACUCCUGCAACUAUGUUAUUAUGUCUCUAAGUGAACUGGAAAUACAACAGGAAGACUUGCGAUCUUACGA